UCUCCGGAGACCUCGGGGCUCCGGUCGUAGUGGCGCCCUGUGCAUGGGUGUAGACGCCGCCGCCCGGCUCCCGCCCGGGACCGGGCGCUGUACUGGGUGACGCCGGCCUGGGCUUCUCGGAAAGCUGUUAGUUUCUGCAGGGCCCCACUUCCCACCUUGGCUCAGCCCGUGGGUGCCUGCGGGGCCCCGGCUCCCUGCUCCGACCGUCCUCCCUCGCUCCGCCCCAGCUGCUGUCGUCGGCAGCGAUCGCAAGGUGGAGACUAAGGGAGAUUGAACUGAAGCCGACCUUGAAAAGAAGACAGUCUGAAAGCGCCGAGGAGUGGACUGGAAAGAGGGAGACAUUUACAUCCGUGAGGAGGUUGCGUGGUUUGAAGUAAGGGUUCCCACAAGCUGUGCAUGCACCUGCUGCACCUUUCCUCCAUAUAGUUUCUCCUGGAGAGGCUUCGUGGGCUGUGCAGAAGCCAGUGUCUGUCUCCUGCCUGCAGGAGGACCAUGUCAUUGGACUUUGGCAGUGUGGCCCUGCAAACACAAAAUGAAGAUGAGGACUAUGACAAAGAAGACUAUGAAAGGGAGAAAGAGUUGCAGCAGCUGCUCACGGACCUUCCUCACGACAUGCUGGACGAUGACGACCUCUCCUCCCCCGAGCACCACUCCCCGGACUGCAGCGAGGACUGUCCGGAGGGACGAUCACAUCCUUCUGAGCAGUUGGAGGUGACCUGGAAUCCGCACCAAGUUCUGCCCAGAUCUCCAAGCGCAAAUGGUUAUGUUGGAGACGCAUGCGGCAAUGGCUGGGAAGAAAAUCGAAGUCAAGCUGAAGACCGACAUCCUGGGUACCACCCGGAAGAAGGUGGAGAUGAAGGCGGAAGUGGUUAUAGUCCUCCAGGCAGAUGCCAACAGACCGAGCUGUAUCACCUGCCUGAGAACUUCAGACCUUAUACGAGUGGUCAGAAGCAGGAAUUCAAUACCCAGCCGGCCAACGUAAUUACAUUUUCAGAUUCCCCACGGAACCAUUUUCAGCAGUUUGGUUCAGCACAAGGUCCCAGUGGUCAAGCUUUGGAGCCAUAUAAAGUGACAUAUAAACCCUACCAACCUCCUGUUCAGAAUAGUGGCUCGCCAAGCCAGGAGAUAGCACGAAGUGACACAUUUGAAGCCCUGCAGCAACAGUUUUUAGGAGCUAAUGAAACAGAUUGUGCGGAGAAUGUGCAGAUUGUUCAGCUUCGGGUUCUUAACAAAGCAAAAGAGAGACAGCUGGACAACUUAGCUGAAAAGUUAAAUGAAAGUGAACGUCAAAUCCGGUACCUGAACCACCAGCUUCUGAUAAUCAAAGAUGAGAAAGACGGUUUGACCCUCAGCCUUCGAGAAUCACAGAAGCUCUUUCAGAAUGGGAAAGAAAGGGAGAUACAGCUUGAAGCACAAAUAACAGCACUGGAGACCCAAAUACAAGCAUUAAAAGUCAAUGAAGAAAAGCUGAUCAAGAAGUCCCGGACAACCGAAAUGGCUCUGGAGAGCUUGAAGCAGCAACUGUUGGAACUUCGUCACUCUGAGUCACUCCAGCGAGCCAGAGAACAGCAUGAGAGCAUUGUCAUGGGGCUCACAAAGAAGUACGAGGAGCAGGUGUUGUCUUUACAGGAGAAUCUGGAUGCUACAGUCGCUGCUCUUAAGGAACAGGAAGACAUCUGCUCUCAUUUAAAAGAUCAGGUGAAACAGCUGGAAAGGAACCAAGAAGCCACCAGAGUGGAGAAGACUGAGGUCAUCAGCAGGCUGUCGAGGAGCCUAGAAGAGACGCAGAAGCAGUGCGCCCACCUGCUGCAGUCAGGCUCCAUCCAGGAGGUGGCCCAGUUGCGGCUCCAGCUGCAGCAGGCACAGAAGGCACACUCGCUGAGUGAAAACAUGAACAAGGCCCUGCAGGAGGAAUUAACAGAACUAAAAGAUGAAAUUUCUCUGUAUGAAUCUGCUGCAAAACUAGGAGUACUUCCAAGUGACUCGGAAGGAGAAUCAAAUACAGAACUCGCCGAAUCAUAUGUGGAUUUGGGUAUUAGAAAAGUCAACUGGAAACAACCUAAAGUUAACAGCACCAUGCAGCAGGAAGACCCGAAUGAGGAGCUUUCCAAGGAUGAGGUCAUCCUGAGGCUGAAGGCAGAUGUGCAGCGUCUGCUGGACAGCAACUCAGUGAAGCGUCACCUGGUGUCUCAAUUACAGAGUGACCUCAGGGCCUGUCACCAGGAAAUCAAGGAUCUCCAGCAAGCAAAGGAUGGCAGGAGUGUGGAGGUUCAGAUGAAAAUCGAUACCUCAGAAAAAACAGUGAAUUCACCGUGGCCCGACUCUUCUCCUUCUGACGUGAUUAUCCGAGAUGAUGUUCUGACACUUAAAAAUGAAAUUCAAGUUUUACAACAACAAAAUCAGGAACUUAGAGAAGUUGAAGAAAAGCUGAGGAAUACAAAUCAGGACUUAUGUAAUCAAAUGAGACAAAUGGUACAGGAUUUUGACCGUGAUAAACAGCAAGUUGUGGAUAGGUGUGAGCGGACUUACCACCAGCACCACGAAGCCAUGAAAGCCCAAAUCCGCGAGAGCCUGUUAACAAAGCACACUUGGGAGAAGCAGCAGCUCUUUGAGGCUUAUGAGGGGACGACGUCACGGCUCCGGUCUGACCUAGAUAAUACGAGCAAGGAGCUGGUUGCUGUGCAGGAAUGUUACCUGCAGGUGUGUAGAGAGAAGGAUAAUCUCGAAGCAGCUCUCAGGAAGACGGUGGAGAAGGAGCAGGAGGCCCAGAAGCAGAAGAAACAGCUCUUGGAAGAAAAAGAACAUAUAAGCAACCAUCAGCUGGAACUUGAAGAAAAGUACCAAGAAGCGCUUGUGAUGGAAAAAAACAAGUGGCUGAAAGAGCAAGAAACUGAUGUGAAACAGCAGAUUGAAAACCAAGUGAUGUCAGCCAAAGCGCACUGGGAUAAGGAACGGAAGGAGAUCAAGUGGAAACUAAUGCAAGAGCUGGAAAAGGAGUGGCAGGCGAAGCUGGAUGAAAGUGUAAAGGCAUCAUCAAGAAAGGAGACGUCAGAUCGUGGCAGCCAAACUGACUGCCCAGCCACCCUGGACGUUGUUUCCAAGACAGAGGUGGCCGCAGCGGGAGAAGAGCAGAAGUGCGUGGUCCAGCAAGAUGCAGGGCAUGAGAGGGAAACAAACGUGAAGGGGGACUUGAAGAAACUUGAAAUUGACCUGGAACUCAAAUACUGUGAGAGUAUUGCCCAACAGGUAGAAACAGCUGUGCAAAAUGCUCGUCGUAGAUGGCUGGAAGAACUGCCAGAGCUCACAGAGUACAAAGCACGCCUGAGAGCCGAGCAGAAGAAGUGGGAGGAGCAGCAGGAGGCCUCCAUAGCCAAGCGGCUAUUGUUUGCUGUCUCUGAAGCUAAAGAGAAAUGGAAAAGUGAGUUUGAAAAUCCGAAGAAAAAUGUAACCCUCGGGAAGGACCUGGAAGAGAAAAUCCGUUCUCUGCAGAAGGAGCUGGAGCUGAAGAGUGAGGAGCUCCCUGUGGUCGUCAGGGCCGAGCUGGCGAAGGCGCGCAGUGAGUGGAACCGAGAAAAGCAAGAAGAAAUCCAGAGAAUUCAAGAACAAAACGAGCAAGAUUACCGGCAGUUUUUAGAUGAUCAUCGAAAUAAAAUUAAUGAGGUGCUUGCAGCAGCUAAAGCAGACUUUUUGAAAGAAAAGGCUGAACUACUUUUUCAGAAGGAGACAGAAUUACAAGCCUGUCUAUACCAGAGCCACAGGGAGUGGACCAUGCAGGAAGCUGAGCGGAUCCAACUCGAAAUCCGGCGGUACGAGGAGGACAUCCUCAUCGUCCUUGACGUCCUCCUCAGGGACACUGGGAAGGUGGAGGGGAAUGGCUCCCGGGACAAGCGGCCUUUGGGAAUCCCACCGGCUUGUUCUUCGAAGUGGCUGUCUGCGCAGUAUUGUGAGAAACUGAAAUCUUGCAUACGGAAAGCACUGCGAGAUGCACUUUCUUUACGUACAGAAAAUGCCAGGGCAGAAUGGGAAAAGAGGAAUGUGUCUGAGCUUUCCACUGGCCCAGCCAGCGAGGACCCUGGCAGAGGAGACCCUGGGGUCCCAGCGGCCCCCCAUGCGCCCCCUCCAGGACCCCACGCCCAGCCCACGGCUUUGCCAGCAGCAGCGGCGGAAGCUGACAAGAAAGAGAUCCUUGAAAUUAAAGAUUUAUGCUGUGGACAGUGCUUCCAAGAAGUUGAAAAGUCAAAGCAAGAAUGUGAAGACCUGAAAAGAAAACUGGAGAAAAGCUGUAGGCAUCUUCAGCAGUUAGAAAGGAAGCACAGAGCUGUAGUGGAGAAAAUCGGAGAAGAAAAUACUAAAGUUGUUGAAGACUUAAUAGAAGAGAACAACGACAUGAAGAACAAAUUGGAAGAACUGCAGACACUCUGGAAAGUGCCGCCAAGGUCACAGUCUGAAGGGGCCGUGGAAAUUGCUUAUCGGCCCGGUAACGAGCAGGCUUUGGAAGAGCUUCGCGGGCAGUACAUUAAAGCUGUGAAGAAAAUCAAGCGUGACAUGCUCCGCUACAUCCAGGAGAGCAAGCAGAGGGCUGCGGAAAUGGUAAAGGAGGAGGUGCUGCGCGAGCGGCAAGAAACCGCCCGGAAGAUGCGUAAAUAUUACUUGAUUUGCCUCCAGCAGAUUCUGCAGGAUGACGGCAAAGAAGGGGCUGAGAAGAAGAUUAUGAACACCGCUAGCAAACUCGCUAUGAUGGCCAAGCUGCUGGAAACCCCAACUUCUCACAGGCCCCCAAGCAAAGCGGCAGCGGCCCAGCCAGAGAUGCUAGCUGAAGUUGAAAAAUCAAAAAGAAAUGAUGCGAACCAGAGCACUCCCUGCUACCUUGCAGCCACUGUCCCCAGAAGCGAGGGUGAACAAGCCCCUCAGAAGGGGGCUGCUUGUAACUUGCAAAGGCGGUUGGAGGACUCCGAGCACAGAGACACGAAGCGUGUGGGCUCCCGGGGGUCACUUCCGGACUUCCGGCUUGGGGACGGCCUUUGCAAGCACCAGGACGAUUCGAGGAAGACCGUUUCUCCUGAGUUGGCGCUGUGCAGGGGCGAGGGGGGCUCAGCUUUGCCCCGGAAGAAAGAGCUCCUUGGUGGCACAGACCCUGCCGUGUUUCGGCACCCAGCCGCACACCCCCUGCACAGAGUCUGUGGAAAUAAACCCUCCCCGAGAUGCAGUCCUGGGCUUGCCGAAUCGGGGUCUACACUCGCGGCCUUUGCAGAGUCUCACGGAAGACUGGGCCUCAGGGCGCACACACCGGGCCGGGAAGACGCCGCCUGUGCACCCGGUCCAGGUUCAGGUGUCCUGGAAACUCCAGUGAGGGACAGGGGCGACCUCAGCAGCUCGUUCAGCUGGCUGUCAGACAGCACCACCUUACCUUGUCACAGUCUGGAAGUGUCAUUCUUGUGUGACAGGCCACAGGGAGCUCUGGAUGUACUGGGUGAGUCUGUGAAGUUCAAACCCUUCUCGGCAGCCAGGGGCCUUUCGGAGACAGAGAAUGGUGGUCAGCCGGGGAAGCAUCAGAGAGACCGAGCUGCAGACCUGGCGCAGGCCGCCGGCUCCCAACAGGUGACUGCUCCUGAGACUCGCGCUCACACAGCCCCUCCUAGGGCUGAUCUGUCCCAGUUGGGUUUCAGAACCCUGAGCGGCACCACACCUGCUCCUGUUGGCCAGCAGCCUUCCCGACAGGUACCUGCUCACCUGUCCAGUCAACAGGACAGUGGCUUUGACAGUCCACUUGUCAACCUGGACUAACUGUGCUGGAUUUAAAAAGAAUCACUAAUAUACCAACAAGAAAAGUGAAAGAGGAGACUUCAUACUGAAAAAAUAGUGGGCUUUGCCUACUUUGAGAUGUUUUCAUAACAUCUUCUCUUAUGAGUAAAGUUUUCUCAUAAAACUACUUGAGAUAUUUAUAUUGCCUUAAUCUUCUGAAGGCCAGAUGGUGUAUGUGUAAUCUGCUUUUGUGUGGUGCUUGUAUUUGGAUGCUAAACCGUCUAUUUUUAUACUUCACAAUUGGCUCA